AUGCGUGGUGCUGAGGCUGCUAACGUCCAUGGGUCGGACCAUGUCCUCGUCCGUACACGCUUGAAAGUUCAUCUCUCAUCCGCACCAAAAAUGCCACGUCCUAGACGCCUCAAUGUCGCAAAUAUCCGGCCAACCAGCACUGCCGAGGCCCUAAGCAGAGUAAUCCGGACCUGUUUUACGGCACGAGCCGACGGAGAAUUCAGUAACCAGUGGUCGUCACUGAAGACAUCAGUCUAUGGGGCAGCUGAGAAAAUCCUUGGAUCGUGGAUCGCGCAGGCCCGUGGUGAGAAGGCCCUUCAGUUCACUAACACAAUCGCCCAGAAAGUCUUCCAACGGUUCCGGCUUACCAAAACCGCAGAACACUCCAACGACAAAGCCCUGCCCAACAACGGGGUGGUUAACUCGAGCAAGGAUCGGCCAAAAGCACUGAGCAGACGCUUUAAAGACUUUCAUUCCGUCAAUGUGCAGUUGAACGUGCAUUUCAGGAAUGCCCGUUAG